AUGGCCACCAACUCGAGCGUCACCGCUGGCGAUGAUUCGUUUGGGCCACAACUGAAUGGCCAGUUCGACUUCACGCUCACAUUUGAGCAUGUGGUAAUGACGAUUGUGCCAACGGUUAUUUUUGUGUGUGUAACGCCACUCUCUGUGUAUCGGCUGUUCCGUAAACCUGCUCGAGUGCGUCCAGGGUUGCUUCUAUGGGCAAAGCUGGCAACUGGUACUUCACUCGUUUCCGUCGAUGUAGCAAACUUAGUUUUGUGGUGUCGGACAUCGUUCGAACACCAGAAAGGGACGUCUGUAGCUGCGGCAGCGCUCUCACUUCUAGCCUCAAUCUGUAUUCUGGCUCUGUUAUGGAGUCAACACCGACAUUCGGUGCGCCUGUCCGCUAUUCUCAGUAUAUACUUGGCUUUGACUAUUCUUCUUGACAUUGCGACCGUACGGUCUCUCCUCAGACGUCCAGGGCUGCAUGGAGAGGGAUACGUCCUCAUAUCUACACUCGUGCUGAGAUUUUGUCUGCUUUUUCUGGAAGAACUUCCAAAGCGAAAGCUAUUUUACCAAAGCAGCGACCGUGACGCGACGAGCCGAGAAGCCGGCAGCGGAUUCUGGAACCGCCGCCUUUUUAUCUGGCUGAAUUCCACUCUGAUUGCUGGAUUCCGGUCCAUGCUGCUCGUUGACAACUUGCAGAACAUCGGAUCCGAUUUUGAGUCGAACGCUUUACUCGCUCGUGUAGAUAAAGCUUGGGAGACCGCCGAUAAGAACUCCAAUAAUGCCCUCCUCAAAGCGUCAGCGAAGGUUUUCGCACGACCGGUGCUGGCCGUUGUCGUGCCUAGGAUUAUGUUUUCCGCUUUUACCUUGUCGCAACCAUUUCUUCUACGCAGGAUUGUCGAAGCUGUUGGUGAUCCAGAUCUACCAGCCAACUCUGCAAAUGGACUCAUCGGGGCUACUGUGCUUAUCUACUUGGGGAUCGGACUAUCACGAGGUUGCUAUAUCCAUUUAAACUACCGAUACAUCACCAUGCUACGAGGAGCCCUUGUCGCCUUAAUUUACAAGAAGAUUUUCCGACUACAAUCCGAUGUGACUGCUUCAGCUGCGGUGACUCACAUGAGUACCGAUAUUGAUAGCAUAGCUAUAGCGCUGGAGGGUAUGCACGACACAUGGGCUAGCAUGGUCGAAAUCGGAGUCGGAGCAUUCAUCCUGUCUAGAUACGUGGGCGGCGCAACAUUUUUGGUAGCCAUUCCAGCUCUAAUUACCACGGUUGCUUCGAUGAUCCUCGCCACCAAGUUAGCCCCAGCGAAAGUAGCUUGGAAUCAAAAGGUCCAAGAGCGAGUGGCCACAACCUCCGAUACACUGGCACAACUGAAAGGAAUAAAAAUGAUGGGUCUUGGCCCCUGGUUCUUUGAUCACAUACAAAAUCUUCGAGUCAUCGAGAUGAAUUUCUCUAAGAAAUACAGAGCCCUGGUCGUUAUCAUGUAUUCGAUCGGAACAUUUAGCCUUUCCAUUGCACCGGUGCUAGUUAUCGCUGGCAGCUUGUUCUGGACACAGCUGGGGUCCGGUUUCUCAGCUGCUGAGGCAUUCACCACAUUGUCCAUUAUCACUCUUGUUGCGCAGCCCUUUACCAUACUCCUCAUGGGGUUUCCCGUGCUUUGGAGCAUCUCUGGAUGCUUUACGCGAAUUCAAGGAUUCCUUCUUUUGCCUGAGAGAAAUGGAUAUCGUGACGUAACCGCUAGCACUGCAGACAAAGAUGACCGAGAGGCUAGCCCACAGCAAAUGCAGCAACUCGCAGAGAAAGGGCCUGGGGCCGAAAUUCGUUUUGAAGGGGUAUUGGUGGCUUUCGAAUCCACGACCGAGCCCGUUCUUAAAGACCUCAAUUUGGUGCUCCCGCGAUCAAGCUUUACUGUUAUCACCGGUCCUGUUGGAUCUGGCAAAUCGACACUGCUGAAAGCAAUUUUAGGCGAAGUAGAGCUGAGUCAAGGGACAGUAAAUACCAGCAGUCCAAGUAUUGCGUAUUGUGGGCAGGCGACUUGGCUAAGAAACACAUCGAUUAAGGACAACAUUGUCGGCCCCGAAGAUUUGGACGAAACUUGGUACAAUACUGUCGUACACGCCUGUGCCCUGAACGAAGACCUCAAUGAGCUUCCGCAAGGCCGCGACACCAUCGCAGGGAGUGGAGGAUCGAGACUCAGUGGGGGCCAGAAACAGCGACUAGCUAUGGCAAGAGCGGUCUAUUCUCGACAACGAAUCGUUGUGCUGGACGAUUGCUUCAGUGCGCUAGAUCAGCGCACCUCUUCUACCGUUUUCUCACGACUACUGGGACCGAAAGGAAUCUUGCGUAAGAGCGGAACGACCGUUGUUUUGGCAACUCAUAGUGUUUCUCAUGCCUCCUCGGCCGACUUCCAGGUCGAGAUAUUACCAGGAGGUACAAUACGUUUCGAAACCUGCGAUACAAAUUUGCGACCGAUGGGUGAUAAGAGCGAACCCAAUCAAAAUGACGAGGUAUACGGCAAUCGAGAAUCUUCGUCUACUCUGGCGCCGUCUUCGGAUGAGCAGAACCAUGACACUUCGACCAAGCAUGUCAGUGACAGUGAUGCCCAACGCCAAGGUGGAGAUCUUUCUUUGUACAAGUUUUAUUUCCAGUCGAUUGGCAAGCUCACUAUCGCAACUUGGUUCUUCCUUGCUGCGGUCUAUAUUGGCGCCAGUCAAAUGCCCAAUAUUUGGGUUAGGGUAUGGUUAGACAGAGACCCGAACAAUAACCUGUACUUUAUUGGGUAUGCAGGCUGGGCCAUCCUUGGACUGUUUCUCGGAAUUGUGGCGCUUGCAUUCUUCAUGUUAAAGCUCGUACCCAAGUCGGCUGAGAACCUGCACUGGACCCUAUUGGAUAUUGUAAUGAGGCAGCCUCUGUGGCACCUAACUCGCAUUGAUACUGGAAACACAUUGAACAGGUUUAGCCAAGAUAUGACAUUAGUCAGUCAAGAGUUGCCGAUAUCGUUCUUCCUGGUAACGUUCCUUGGACUAACCAACAUUGCUACCAUCGCUAUCAUUUCUUCUGGUGCAAAAUACGCGGCUGCAAUGAUCCCUGUCUUAGUUGUGGCGCUUUACUUGCUUCAGAGCUUCUAUCUACGCACAUCCCGCCAAAUGCGGCACCUCGAUCUUGAGGCUAAAUCACCGCUCUACACGAUAUUCUCUGAGGUAGCAUCUGGCAUCCAGCAUAUUCGGGCUUUCAGCUGGCAAUCCAAGUUUCUAGACUACGGUCUACAGCUGCUGAAUCGCUCACAGCGGCCCUACUAUCUUAUGUUUUGCAUUCAGCGUUGGCUUACGCUCUCUCUUGAUAUGUUUGUUUUAUGCAUAGCCAUCACUCUUGUUACUCUUGCGCUCAAGGUUGGAAACAUAUCGACCCAAACUUCUAUUGGGCUCGCUCUGGUCAAUAUGAUUGGAUACGGUGAAAACCUGUCUCUUCUCAUCCAACAGUGGACUAAUCUUGAAACGUCAUUGGGGGCCAUUACCCGGCUGAGGAGCUAUGUGCUCGAAACGCCAGUUGAGCAUGAAGUUGCAGAGCCCUCAACCCCGCCAGAGUCCUGGCCCAGUCCUGGGAAGAUCGAGAUCGAUCACCUUGAGGCUAAAUACGACAUGGAUGAUGCGUCAGCGAAUGCCGUCUUGGACGAUAUUUCUAUCGUUAUUAGACCUGGCCAAAAGGUUGGUGUCAUCGGCCGAACAGGAAGUGGCAAAAGCUCGUUUGUCCUUGCUCUACUUAGGCUGCUCAGAUUCUCUGGCUCCAUACGGAUAGAUGGUGUUGACACCACCAGCGUCUCUUUGAAUCGCCUUCGAUCUCACAUCACCACACUUACUCAAGAUCCAGUUGCCAUGCCUGGAUCUGUCCGAACUAACCUGUGCCCCUUUACAUCUCAAGGUUCCCAUCCGGUCGAUGAUACUGUUCUGAUGGCUGCGUUAACUCGCGUGGGUCUACAGGAAUCCAUCCAACAGAGAGGAGGUCUUGAUACGGACAUUGCAGAGUUAAAACUCUCAGCAGGAGAAACGCAAUUACUCUGCUUGACGCGUGCGGUUUUACACAAUGAACUCACAAAAAGCCGAAUUAUUCUCAUCGAUGAAGCCACCAGUAGCAUGGAUCGAGAAACCGAGCAACGUGCGCAGCAAGUCUUUGACCAGUUUUCCAAAUCUGGCUGCACUAUGAUCAUGAUUGCACAUAGAAUGGACAUGGUAUCUGACGCGGAUGUCGUGAUUACGUUGGACCAGGGGAAAAUACUCAAUGUUUCUGGAGAAGGUUAUGCACUGGAAAUCGACGAAACGAGUGUUUAG